AUGGAACUCUCGCUGCCCGCCAGCUCGGUCAAGGAGUUCACCGCCCUCCUCAAGUCAUUCAAGUCAUUCUCCGACUUCAUCCACAUCCACCCGCUGCCCGCGCGCCUCAAGUUCUCCGCCGUCUCGCCCACCCGGUCCACCUAUGCCGUCGCCAUCUUCGAACGCACCUUCUUCGAAGCCUAUCUCCUCUCGAACCCUACCCUGGGCCUGAUCGAAGUCGCCGUCAAGCCCCUGCACAAGAUCUUUGCCCAGUCGAACCUCAUAGCCGCCCUCGAGUCGUGCAGGAUUUCGAUCGAUUCGGAUGACACGAACGAGUCAUUGUCGAUCGCCAGGCGCCCAUCGGGUCUGAAUACAGCCGGAGGACAAACAGGGGGGAUACACCGGUUAAACCAUCGGCUGACGAUCAAACUCAAGUCCACCGUCGGCAUCAUCCGCUCCUUCUCGCUGCCCUACUCCAACUCACGCACCCUCAACCCCACCGACCUGCGUGCAAACAACAGCCCCAACCGCUGGAUCUGUCUGUCCAGCAAUCUCAAACAAUGGCUCGACCAUUUCGUAUCUAAUCCGAAUAUCACCCAGAACCUCGUCGGCGCUCUCGAAGGCGUGGAAGAUAUCUGCUUCUGUUAUCACCCCGAUCGUCAGAUCAUCCUCAAAACCGUUAACCUAGCCGAGGAAUACAGUCCAUACGUCAUCGUGCCCAAAAACCAAGAUAUCUUCACCAAAGGUGUCAGGCAGCUCUCGACAUCCCUGACAAUCAGUCCAGAAGAGUUUGAGAAGUUUGAUGUAGAUGUGAGUCAGGGGGCGAUAAUCACAGCGAUGGCGAUCAAGGAGGUCCGGUCGAUCUUCGAGCUUGGGAGUGUAUUGGGCAGUCCGGUAGAUGCAGGGUUCUCGGUCGGCGGCCGGCCGGUAUAUUUCUCAGUGCUCAAUGAGGAAGGCAGUGUGGGGCUAGAGUUCGUGCUUGCGAGCACCGACGGGGAGCAGCUCGGCCUGCUCGACCCGCCCAAGGAGGCUUCCCGUCGACCGGCCGAGCGUGCCCCUCGACCCCGGGCCGGCCCAGCAGGAGCACAACAGAAGGGCAAGGAGCGAGCGACACCAGCGAGCAGCCAUCUCGACUCGUCUACACACUCCUCCAUCAACAACGCCAAUCCGAACACAGACGCGCCCCGGGGAAGGCCCAAACUGUUCCACCCCCCCGACGACGGCUCGAAUGAUGAAGGAGAGGACGACGACGAGCUCGACAGGAUGCCCGCCGACGCCUGGGCCCAAGUCGAACAGGAUGCUAUCGCCCUCAGUCAGACCCGUAAACGCCUGAAACUCUCCCAGUCCCAAUCGGCUAUUCUCGGCGACGACGACGACGACGACGAACAGCUGUUGCCCUCUCAAGCUCCCCAAAAUCCUAACGUCAAGGUCAGUCCUAUCUUCCUCACACACACACACACCCACUCUUUCUCUCUCCUGCUGCAGCUCAUUGACCACACUCCGUUUGGGACACCUUUGUUCCUUCUUUGCCCGGAUCUUAUCUUUUUAGCCUCACUGGAAACUGUUCUUUGA